AUGUAAGCUGUAGCAUAGCAAAAAUAAGUAGUGGAGAUCCCCGUAUAGAAACUUCCAGCAAAAAAACACAAUAAUAGACCUGUAGAUAGAGAAUGAUACGCCCGCCGCACCCAAAAAGAUCGCAAAACACAUGAACGAAAUCCAAAAAUCAAAAUCCUACCGAAAAAGAAUGAGUCCUUUGCGUGCUCGGCAUUACACACCAACCCACGACACAACGACACAACGACACAACGACACAACGACACAACGACACAACGACACAACGACACAACGACACAACGACACAACGACACAACGACACAACGACACAACGACACAACGACACAACGACACAACGACACAACGACACAACGACACAACGACACAACGACACAACGACAACGUCCAACGUACGUAUACUCUACCGCCUCCAACCUGCCCACAAUGAACCGACGAUAUCCUUCGCCCAACGACACAACGACACAACGACACAACGACACAACGACACAACGACAC